AUGGCCCUGGGCGCGACGGCUCACCUCGCGGGGGGGCGUAGUAGCGGUCCCCGUACGGAAGCGGGGAGGGCCGGUUCGGAAAUUGCUGGUGCGGAGGAGGACGAGGUGGUGCGGGCCGUGGUGGAGUCGCCUCGCCCUAUCCUCGUGGUGUUCACUGGCUUCCCAGGCUUCAUUCACCCGGGCCUCCAGGUCGUCAAUCUCACGACCCCGAUCCUCUGA